AUUCUGAAAACAACUAGCAAUUGCUGUACUUCAAUAUGAUUUCAUUUAUUUCGUGUUAAUGUAUACAAACUAUUGCUCAUAACUUUUCACUACAUCAAUUAUUUUUUCCAAAAAAAUGACUUUAUGGCCAUUAAAACACCUAUUAUAGGUACUUCGUGAAAAUGAAGUACAUCGAAUCGUGUGACCUCACGCGGCUGUGCCUCGUCGAUCGCCGCACUCGUUUCUCGAGUUUCGGGUGUCGGGUCGCGGUUGAUUGUUUGCUUCUUGUUUGGAGUAAAAUAGAAAGACACAAUGGCGGGAGGAAUGAGCCGUGCCAAAAACUUGGCAAAACUUCAAGAUGAAGAGAAAGAGGGAAAGCUUGGAUAUGUAUUCGCCGUUUCCGGACCUGUGGUCACGGCUGAGAACAUGUCCGGCUCGGCUAUGUUUGAGCUGGUGCGUGUCGGCUACUACGAGCUGGUCGGAGAGAUUAUCCGACUCGAGGGCGACAUGGCCACCAUUCAGGUGUACGAGGACACCUCUGGUGUGACCGUGGGCGACCCCGUGCUGCGUACUGGCAAACCGCUCUCGGUGGAGCUCGGACCAGGCAUCAUGGGCUCCAUCUUUGACGGUAUCCAGCGUCCACUGCAGGAGAUUAACCAGCUCACACAGAGUAUCUACAUCCCUAAGGGUAUCAACACGCCCGCGCUUAGUCGCACGGCCGAGUGGGACUUCCAGCCGGGAGUGCUGAAGGUGGGCAGCCACGUGACCGGCGGCGACGUGUACGGUAUGCUGCACGAGAACACGCUCAUCAAGCACAAGAUGAUGCUGCCGCCGCGCGCCAAGGGCACGGUGACGUACAUCGCCCAGGCGGGCCACUACACGGUCGAUGACGUGGUGCUGGAGACGGAGUUUGAGGGCGAGCGGACCAAGCACACACUGCUGCAGGUGUGGCCCGUGCGUCAGCCGCGGCCCGUCAACGAGAAGCUGCCGGCCAACCACCCGCUGCUGACCGGACAGCGCGUGCUCGACGCACUCUUCCCCUGUGUGCAGGGCGGUACCACGGCCAUCCCCGGCGCCUUCGGCUGCGGCAAGACUGUCAUCUCUCAGUCGCUGUCCAAGUACUCCAACUCGGACGUCAUCGUCUACGUCGGCUGUGGAGAGCGAGGAAAUGAGAUGUCGGAGGUACUGCGUGACUUCCCGGAGCUGACUGUCGAGAUCGGCGGUCAGACCGAGUCGAUCAUGAAGCGUACGGCGCUGGUGGCCAACACCUCCAACAUGCCCGUGGCCGCCCGAGAGGCCUCCAUCUACACGGGCAUCACGCUCUCCGAGUACUUCCGCGACAUGGGAUACAACGUCUCCAUGAUGGCUGACUCGACGUCGCGCUGGGCCGAGGCGCUGCGUGAGAUCUCCGGUCGUCUGGCUGAGAUGCCGGCCGACUCGGGCUACCCGGCCUACCUGGGUGCCCGGCUGGCCAGCUUCUACGAGCGCGCCGGCCGCGUCAACUGCCUCGGAAACCCGAACCGCGAGGGCUCCGUGUCGAUUGUGGGCGCCGUGUCGCCGCCCGGCGGAGAUUUCUCCGAUCCGGUCACCUCGGCCACCCUGGGUAUCGUCCAGGUGUUCUGGGGUCUGGACAAGAAGCUGGCGCAGCGCAAACACUUCCCCUCCAUCAACUGGCUCAUCUCGUACAGUAAGUACAUCCGCGCGCUGGACGACUUCUACGAGAAGAACUUCCAGGAGUUCACCGCCCUGCGGACCAAGGUCAAGGAGAUCCUGCAGGAGGAGGAGGACCUCUCGGAAAUUGUCCAGCUCGUCGGCAAGGCGUCGCUGGCCGAGACGGACAAGAUCACCCUGGAGGUGGCCAAACUGCUCAAGGAUGACUUCCUGCAGCAGAACGGUUACACGCCCUACGAUCGGUUCUGUCCGUUCUACAAGACGGUGGGCAUGCUGAAGAACAUGAUCGCCUUCUACGAGCUGGCCCGCCACGCGGUGGAGUCGACGGCGCAGGCCGACAACAAGAUCACCUGGAACGUCAUCAGGGAGACCAUGUCGCAGACCAUGUACCAGCUCUCCUCCAUGAAGUUCAAGGACCCCGUCAAGGACGGUGAGGCGAAGAUCAAGGCAGACUUCGAGGCGCUACACGAAGAGAUGCAGCAGGCUUUCAGGAAUCUGGAGGACUAGGCUCCAGAGUCGGUAUGCAGGAGCGUGGGCACGUGUCGGGCACACGGCCGCUGUACAUUCCACCGGCCCGGGCCGGGGCGGCCACCCAGUCCCCGCCGCCCGGCCGCCCUAAUCAUGUGCGUGUAUAGUUGAUGUGCGCCGCGCACGGCCAGCUAGGAUCAGUUGUAUAUUCUAUUGCCGCGGCGCCUGCCUCGUAUCGGUGCCAUCGAAUAGUUGGGCCGCCCGGCUGUUUGUUGAGCUGCCCCCGCGCAGCUGCAGACGGCGGCGGGCCCGAGGCGCCGUGACGAAAUCGUUUCAGACGUUAUUAUUUUCUCGGCCGCUGCGCCGAGGGUCGACACAAUGUACAGAGUGUGUUUGUCCCGUAUGUGAGAGCGUAGUGAGCCAGGUUAUCCGUAUAUACCUAUAUCGUCCGUAGCCAGUGGCGGUGGGCCGGCGUCGCUCGGCGCCGCGCCGCGCCGCGCCGCGCGUGUGGAGGGAAUCGGGAGCGACAGAGUGAUUAUCGGGUGCAGAGACGUGUGAGCGAGAGCCACAUUCCACCGCGCGCCACGCCGGACAUGUGAGCCUGUGACCAGUGUCAAAUGAAAUAAAAUGUCGCGCAAUACGUA